AUGACUCGCGGUAGAUUACCACCUGUCGGUCAAGAAGCCGAUCGUAGACCACCUCCAAUUCGAAGGAGGCCACGCAUCCGCAGAAGAACAAGAAAACGACAAAGACUAAAUACUAAAACAGGAAAUUCCUUUACAUCAGCUAUCUUUGUGGGAGUCGCAAUUGCGUUGACUAUUUACGUUAUUAUAAAAUUUGCUGAUAUAGUUGAAGCAUCUUAUAUGUAUCGUGCCAUGUCUAGUUUGGAAGUGGGGACGCCUUGUCAUGCUUAUAUUACGGAUUGCAAGGAUAAAACUUUAUUCGACAAUGGUAUGAUGGAUUGUUCCGAUCCUUGUUUGUUGAUGAAACGUGACGAUAUUCCAGACGAUGGUCCAUAUUGUUUUUAUUUGAACGUUCAUAAAAAUUUUGAAACCCCUACCGGAGAGAAAUUCCUCGAACUUGAAGAAAAUGAAUGCACCCAAAUUGAUGGUAACUUUAUAAAUUGGACCUUUAACAAAGUACCAUGUCCUGAAACAUAUCCAAAAGUUUGUCCACCAAUUACUUCAAACUAA